AUGACUACCCCAAAUAAGACACCACCUGGUGCUGAUCCAAAGCAGUUAGAGAGGACUGGUACUGUUAGAGAAAUAGGCUCACAAGCAGUUUGGUCUCUUUCAUCCUGUAAGCCAGGAUUUGGAGUGGAUCAGUUACGAGAUGAUAAUCUAGAAACUUACUGGCAAUCAGAUGGAUCACAGCCUCAUUUGGUGAACAUCCAAUUUAGAAGAAAAACAACAGUGAAGACACUAUGUAUUUAUGCAGACUACAAAUCUGAUGAAAGUUACACUCCAAGCAAAAUCUCUGUCAGAGUAGGAAAUAAUUUUCAUAAUCUCCAGGAAAUCCGGCAACUUGAAUUAGUGGAACCAAGUGGCUGGAUUCAUGUUCCUUUAACAGAUACUCAUAAGAAGCCUAUUCGCACGUUUAUGAUUCAGAUUGCUGUUCUAGCUAAUCACCAAAAUGGAAGAGACACUCACAUGAGACAAAUCAAAGUGUACACCCCAGUGGAAGAGAGCUCUAUUGGUAAAUUUCCUAGAUGUACAACAAUUGAUUUCAUGAUGUAUCGCUCCAUAAGAUAA